GCGGGGCGGGGGGGGCCCGUCGGGGCAUGAGGGCGAGAGCACGGCGGGGGGGGCGGCCAGACAGAGCGAGCGAGGAGGAGGAGGAGGAGGACGCCGAGGAGGAGGAAGGAGGAGGCAAAGAAAAGAAGCGGCGGCGGCGGCGGAGGAGGAGGAGGGAGCGAGGAGGCGCGCGGCCCCCCGCUCCCUCCCUCCCCCCCUGACCCCCGACCCCCGCCGGCCGGGCCCCCACCCCAGCCCCGGAGGGAGCUCAUGGGAGUAUGAAGGAGAUGGUAGGAGGCUGCUGCGUAUGUUCGGACGAGAGGGGCUGGGCCGAGAACCCGCUGGUCUACUGUGAUGGGCACGCGUGCAGCGUGGCUGUCCACCAAGCUUGCUAUGGCAUCGUCCAGGUGCCAACAGGACCGUGGUUCUGCCGGAAAUGUGAAUCUCAGGAGCGAGCAGCCAGGGUGAGGUGUGAGCUGUGCCCACACAAAGACGGGGCAUUGAAGAGGACGGACAAUGGAGGCUGGGCCCACGUGGUGUGUGCCCUCUACAUCCCUGAGGUGCAGUUUGCUAACGUGCUCACCAUGGAACCCAUCGUGCUGCAGUACGUGCCUCAUGAUCGCUUCAACAAGACAUGUUACAUCUGUGAAGAGCAGGGCCGGGAGAGCAAGGCGGCUUCAGGAGCCUGCAUGACCUGUAACCGCCAUGGAUGUCGACAAGCUUUCCAUGUCACCUGUGCCCAAAUGGCAGGCCUGCUGUGUGAGGAAGAAGUGCUGGAGGUUGACAAUGUCAAGUACUGUGGCUAUUGCAAAUACCACUUCAGCAAGAUGAAGACAUCCCGGCACUCCAGCGGGGGCGGGGGCAGCAGCGGAGGAGCAGGAGGAGGAGGGGGUGGCGCAGGGGGAGGCAGCAGCAGCAGCUUUAUUGCUGGCCGGAGGAGCAGGUCGGCCUCCCCAUCCACCCAGCAGGAGAAGCACCCUUCCCACCAUGAGAGGGGCCAGAAGAAGAGCCGAAAGGACAAAGAACGCCUUAAACAGAAGCACAAGAAGCGGCCUGAGUCACCCAGCAUCCUCACCCCACCUGUGGUCCCCACUGCUGACAAGGUCUCCUCCUCGGCUUCCUCCUCCUCCCACCACGAGGCCAGCACUCAAGAGACUUCUGAAGGCAGCAGGGACUCCAAGGGGAAAAAGUCUUCCAGCCAUAGCCUGAGUCACAAGGGGAAGAAGCUGAGCAGUGGGAAAGGUGUGAGCUGCUUCACCUCUGCUUCCUCCUCUUCUUCCUCUUCCUCUUCCUCCUCGUCUGGGGGACCCUUCCAGCCUGCAGUUUCGUCCCUGCAGAGCUCCCCUGACUUCUCCGCAUUCCCCAAGCUGGAACAGCCAGAAGAAGACAAGUACUCCAAGCCCACUGCACCCCCCCCUUCAGCCCCUCCCUCUCCCUCAGCCCCCGAGCCCCCCAAGGCUGACCUCUUUGAACAGAAAGUGGUCUUCUCUGGCUUCGGGCCCAUCAUGCGCUUCUCCACCACCACUUCCAGCUCAGGCCGGGCCCGGGCCCCAUCCCCUGGGGACUAUAAGUCUCCCCAUGUCUCGGGGUCCGGGGCCUCUGCAGGCACCCACAAGCGGAUGCCCACACUGAGUGCCACCCCUGUGCCUGCUGAGGAGACCCCUGAGACAGGCCUGAAGGAGAAGAAGCACAAAGCCAGCAAGAGGAGCCGACACGGGCCAGGCCGUCCCAAGGGCAGCCGCAACAAGGAGGGCACUGGGGGCCCAGCCCUUCCCUCCCUGCCCGGUGCCCAGCUGGCUGGCUUCACCGCCACUGCUGCCUCACCCUUCUCCGGAGGUUCCCUUGUCAGCUCUGGUCUGGGUGGUCUGGCUUCCCGUACCUUUGGGCCUUCCGGGAGCCUGCCCAGCCUGAGCCUGGAGUCCCCCCUGCUGGGGGCAGGCAUCUACACCAGUAAUAAGGACCCCAUCUCUCACGGUGGUGGAAUGCUGCGGGCUGUCUGCAGCACCCCCCUCUCCUCCAGCCUCCUGGGGCCCCCAGGGACCUCGGCCCUGCCCCGCCUCAGUCGCUCCCCAUUCACCAGCACCCUCCCUUCCUCCUCUGCUUCUAUCUCCACCACUCAGGUGUUUUCUCUGGCUGGCUCUACCUUUAGCCUCCCUUCUACCCACAUCUUUGGAACCCCCAUGGGUGCCGUUAACCCCCUCCUCACCCAAGCCGAAAGCAGCCACACAGAGCCAGACCUGGAGGACUGCAGCUUCCGAUGUCGGGGGACCUCACCCCAGGAGAGUCUGUCUUCCAUGUCCCCCAUCAGCAGCCUCCCGGCACUCUUCGACCAGACGGCGUCCGCACCCUGCGGGGGCGGCCAGUUAGACCCAGCGGCCCCCGGAACGACUAACAUGGAGCAGCUGCUGGAGAAGCAGGGCGACGGCGAGGCCGGCGUCAACAUCGUGGAGAUGCUGAAGGCGCUGCACGCGCUGCAGAAGGAAAACCAGCGGCUUCAGGAGCAGAUCCUGAGCCUUACGGCCAAGAAGGAGCGACUGCAGAUUCUCAACGUGCAACUCUCUGUGCCCUUCGCCGCCCUGCCUGCCGCUCUGCCUGCCACCAACGGCCCUGUCCCUGGGCCCUAUGGCCUGCCUCCCCAAGCCGGCAGCAGCGAUUCCUUGAGCACCAGCAAAAGCCCUCCGGGGAAGAACAGUCUGGGCCUGGACAACUCGCUGUCCACGUCUUCCGAGGACCCACACUCAGGCUGCCCGAGCCGCAGCAGCUCGUCGCUGUCCUUCCACAGCACGCCCCCACCGCUGCCCCUGCUCCAGCAGAGCCCUGCUACUCUGCCCCUGGCCCUGCCUGGGGGCCCUGCCCCGCUCCCGCCUCAGCCACAGAAUGGGCUAGGCCGGGCACCUGGGGCAGCGGGGCUGGGGGCCAUGCCCAUGGCUGAGGGGCUGCUUGGGGGGCUGGCGGGCAGCGGGGCCCUGCCGCUCAAUGGGCUCCUGGGGGGGUUGAAUGGGGCUGCCGCCCCCAACCCUGCAGGCCUGAGCCAGGCUGGCGGCGCCCCCACGCUACAGCUGCCAGGUUGUCUCAACAGCCUCACCGAGCAGCAGCGACACCUCCUGCAGCAGCAGGAACAGCAGCUGCAGCAGCUCCAGCAGCUCCUGGCCUCCCCACAGCUGACCCCGGAACACCAGACUGUUGUCUACCAGAUGAUCCAGCAGAUCCAGCAGAAGCGGGAGCUGCAGCGGCUGCAGAUGGCCGGGGGCUCCCAGCUGCCCAUGGCCAGCCUGCUGGCCGGAAGCUCCACCCCGCUGUUGUCCGCGGGCACCCCUGGCCUGCUGCCCACAGCAUCUGCCCCACCUCUGCUGCCCGCCGGAGCCCUGGUGGCGCCCUCGCUCGGCAACAACACAAGUCUCAUGGCCGCAGCAGCUGCAGCCGCAGCAGUAGCAGCAGCAGGCGGGCCUCCAGUCCUCACUGCCCAAACUAACCCUUUCCUCAGCCUGUCAGGGGCAGACGGCAGUGCCAGUGGCCCCAAAGGAGGGACUGCUGACAAAGGAGCCUCAGCCAACCAGGAAAAAGGCUAAAUCCACCCACACUCCUUUAGACCCCACAAGCGGAGGGGCAGAUCCUGGUCUGAGGGGUCCCAGCCUACAGCGGGCACCUGCACCCCAACACUGGAGAGCCCCAGAGCACGUGCUGAGGCCUGGGGAGUGGGGGGUGCUCCCAAUGCCGCGGACUGAGACCCAGAGGGGAGCCCUUUCCAUCUGGCCCCCCCACCCCGCCUCUGCACUGGCCCCUUUGUGAGGGGCUCAGGAGGACAGGCUCCAAGCCCGCCUAGGAGCCCCCACUCUCAGCGAAUGUUUCAGGGUUCCCUAGAGAGCAAAGUGGGCCAUGGCAUAAGUGGGGGGUUGGUUAAACCCCCCACAUAAAAUGGAUCAGCACUUGAGUGGGAGAAGUGGGGACUAGGCCCUGGGCCUGCCCCUGCAUGGAAGUCUUUUAUGGAAGAAGGGGUGACCCCACUUGACCAGUUUCUACCCAACUUGGGCAGAUGGUAGGAGGGCUCCCUUGGACUGUUUCUUGCUGGGCUCCUUCCCCUGCCCCCCACAAGGGUCACAAGCUGUGCUUGUAAAAGCCCACAGACUGGGGGGGCCGAAGAAGGGGCAGGAUGGCAUCAAACUUGGCCCAGGCCUCCCUGCCUCCCGGGGGGUGGGUCCCUGUGAUGGGCUGGGGGAGGGCAGGGGUGGGCGGCCCAGCCCCCUGGCAUCCUGCCCCUUGUUUGCACUAUUGGAUUUCGGAGUGCCGAGGGUGGGGAGAUAGAGCUGCCUGACUCAGAGAGCUUGUGUGGGUGUGCCUGUGCACUGUGUGUGUGUGUGUGUGUGUGUGUGUCUUUCUGUCUGUCUGUCUCCCCCUGGCCCCCAGGCAGCCGAAGGCAGGGACAGGAGUAGUGCUCUGAUGAGGCAGUACCAGAGGGGCGCUGUUAGCUCUUGUUUGCACCCUCUCACCUCACCAACUUUGGUCCCUUUCUGGGGCCCGAAUGGUUAACAAAAACCAGAACCGUACUCCAAUAUUGGAGAGUAACUGGGGGCUGGGGGGCUUUAAAUCAGGGUAAUAUCCUGCCUUUCCUCCCCCAGACUCCACAUGGUCUCCGUGCCCCACCCAGCGCUCCCCUUCCACCGAUAGUUGGUCCUGCUUCUCUGGCACAAGGGGUCCUCUAGGGACCAGGGGACAAGGCGAGGGGGGUAAAGUACCACUUCUUAUAGUGAAAACUGCCUCCCAGAAUCAGCCAGCCUGCCUCCCUGCACCCUACCCCUCCUCACCCCCACCAACCAGGGGAAACUUAAGCUUAAAUUGACCUAACAACUGUCCCUUCACCCACCAGCUAUUUCCCCGGGGUGCAGUGGGCAAGUCUCACCUUAGAGUCCCCACCUGCCCAGAGCCUCUGGUGGCUGAGGCUAAGGGCUGCGGGGGCAGCCAGGAGAGGGGCAAGGUUGAAGCGCGUGUCUGUGUCGGUGCCCUGGGCUCGGAGCCGGGCGGAGCGUGGCCAGCUUCCUGAUGCCCGCGUUAAUCAGUCUCUUUGCAUGUGUGGAUUCGUGUGCGUGUGUGGGUUUCUGUUUGGGUUUCUGUUGUUGUUGGUUUUGUUUCUUUUUGUUUUUUUUUUUUUAAUAAAGAAAAGAUGUGUAUAUUUUUGGCAAUGACA